AUGUUCAAUGGGUGUAAACCAUUUUUGGCACCCCAGUCCCUACUAGCAACCUUGGGAUAUAAAAUUGUUGAUGCGACUGUAGCCAUUGAGUUGGUGGAGGCAAAAGUUGAACCUCCACCUCAGCUGAGUAAUGGGCCCCAAGACCAGCCACUUCUGCUUCAAGACUUAUGGGAAUCAGAUUCUGGGCUCCGUACUUUCAAGCUACUGCCUGAUGUUGAUAUCUACCAUAAAAUUUGCAAAUCUUUAAGCAAAGGCAAUAGUCAUUUCUUGUGCCGUUUGCAUCAUGCAACUGAAAAACUACGAAUAGAAGGAGAUGGUGACAUUUUUGGCAUUGAAUGUCCAGGAAACCCAACCAAAAAGAAGACUACAAAUUUCGGUAAUGUAUUCUAUCAAAAUUCAGUCACUCGAGCGAUUGCAAAUAACAAUGGCACCUAUUUUAUCCCCAAGAAAAUAUUUCAGUCUCGAGAUCAGUUAGGUAUUGUGGAGACACUAGCUAUUGGGCACUCUGUUGUUCCAUCUGAGGCCGGUUUCAUUGUGGAUCCAGAGUGCAUCAUUGCACCAACACUCACAUUUGUGCAGACAUUCAAGGAAAUUCAGGCUAACCCGCAGGAAUCUACUGGAUUUACUGAAUUAUCUGCCCAGUUUGGCACUCAAAUGCCUGACCCCCUUUGCACUAAAUCAGCUGGCCAUUUAGUGCUCACGUGGAACAAGCACCAUGUAGUGUACCUCUCUAACACCUCAAUGCCUCGGGAAAUGCUUGAGAAGAAGUUUUCUGUCCAGUUUUUUUCAUCCUCACCACAUGCUGCACUGAUGGAGUUAAUGAAAGGGGUCACUGAUUCUAUCCACGAAGCAGCAGAUUCGGGUGUUAUUACCUGGGAUUGCAAGUAUGAGCAAGAAGUCAUGUUACUUCCUUACGUUCUAUUUGUUGCAGGAGACAACCCCAUGCACACUGAGGAGUGUAGCCAUUCAGGGCUAAAAAGUAAUUUUUUAUGCAGAAUGUGUAAAGUUGGCGGCACUCAAGCACAGAAAAAAACUAACAAGGGAUAUCAGAGCAUAUUCAAAUGUGGGCCACCUCAAACCCCUGAAGAGACGCAAGAGCAAAUCCACCGGCAAGUGGAUAGUUUCCUUGAGUCCGGUGGAACUGAUAAAGUGAAAACUGUGGCAACAAACUCAGGGAUACGCGACAGCACUAGCACCUCAAUUGUUCAACAUUUGGUUGCACUGGGCAAGCAAUUGCGUAAGGGUGAACCAGGGAAGCCUGCUUUACCUGAAACAGAAGUGCGCCAGCAACUCAGACAGGGGCUUGAGACCCUACUGCAGGUUUCUACACUUGACCAUCAUAUUAACCCACUUCUAGGGAUGCUAGCAGUUGAUAUUCAUCAAGACACUCCCACUGAGAUUUUGCACACCGUAUUAUUGGGUGUAGCAAAGUAUUUCUGGGGGCAAACAGUAUGGCUCCUCGAGAAGUCACAUUUACUAACUAAAUUCCAGACUCGGCUUGAAUCUAUCAACAAGGAUGGCCUCAAUAUGAUACAGCUUGGGGCAGAAUAUAUCUGUCAAUUCAAGGGCAGCCUUAUUGGAAAACAUUUUAAAAGUCUUGCCCGGGUAAUGCUUUAUAUAAUUUAUGACCUAGUUUUGCAAGAUGUCCUUGAUGCUUGGAGUAUCAUUGGUGAUUUGGUGGCUCAACUCUCACAAACCAUUGAAGACUUUCUGAACGUCACUGCAAAAUCAAUCAGAAAGCUCCUAGUCGGGAUAGCUGUCAAUUUUUUGCUUCACAAGACACCAUCAAGCACAUUGCUACGGGUCGUACAAUACAUGAUUACAUUACUAACCACCCAAAGCAAUGUCAUCUGUUGGGACUCCAUCUGA